AAAAUGAAAUUUCAAUUUUCGUCAGAAUUUGGUUCAAUCGUGAUUGUGAGGUGCAUUCUAGAGUAUAUGUAUGAGUAAAAACAAGCUUUAGAAUUAUUUCAUCUCUUUGUUUCGAAAUGCGCAUCGUUUGAUAAACAAAUCCAACGAUCGAUAUACGGUUUGUUUUCAAAAUAUAAUAGGAGUCAUGUAAAGUGCUGCCUGUGGAAGCGGUUGCCAAAAUUCUAGUGUUGAAAUCAUCAUAAAGGGAGUGUUGCCGUUUUGACUGAUUUUCACUCUUCGUCUCUUUCACUAUUCUCUUUGGAUCAAGACAUGUUUUCUGUGAAAUGAGAUGAGAAGAAAAUGUUUUUCUAGUGAAAAUAAAACGAUCUGUUGAAUAUUGUUUUCAGCCAAUGAAAGGGGCGUCCGGCUGUGGACUGCUUUCUUCCUCCAGUUGCGGCAGUAACAGUAAGCGUGAGCAGCGUCUGGAGAGGAAGAAGCGGAAAAUACUUGCAUUAGCCGAGGUAAUGCAACUGAACGAACAAGACCUCGGAAAAGUUUCCUUUACUGUUGACCGAGAAACGGUCCUGGAAUUGAACCAAAACAGUGAACCCGAAUCCCAGCAGCCAGAACAGAAGAAGCAAAAGCUUACCGGCGCAACAUACUGUGCAUUAAAGACGGAAAUUAAACAAAAACGCGAUAGAAUGAGAAAUAUUCCUAAACUACGCCUUAAAGAGGUUGGCGAAGAAGCACUGAUGAAGACAAUCGCAGAGGAUCGUGUUCCGCUGCUGUUGGAUGACAUUCAGGCUUUGUUGAUGCAUGCCUUGUUGAGAACGGAUUCACCGAUGAAUCCCAGUCGUUGGGCGGUUUUGGAAAAAUCGGCAAAAUUAACUCAUACUACUGUUCUUGUGGUGGAAGGCUUAACGUCGGAUGAUUUCACUAUCCACGAACAAGAUUUGAAAGAGUGCAAGAAAAUUUUCCAUAACAUACUGCAGGUCGUAUGCCCGAGCGAUAGACUGGUCGAAGAGCUAGCGUGCGUACCGUUGAGUGAUACCCACAAAGACAUUCUUGUGGCAGAAUACGGUUCACUCGAAGCGGCAAUGCUGGCUUGUAAAGACCACCUGUUGAUUAGAAAAAGCAUUUUCAGUAACAUCGAUUCCGGGGGCGACGAGACGAAUCAAGGUGAACUGGACUACUCUAAUAUGGAUUUGGCGCCGGGGGAUAACUUCCCACGAACGCAAAUGCUGCUAUCGCCGAUACAGAUGGUCAACGAGGAUUAUCCACUGCCACUGACUGGAAGUCUGCAGCACCGUUAUGCCGGAUACAUUACCACCAACGAUCAUUAUGAUCCGGUCACACCAAGGUCCCCUAUGUUUGGCCUGGAUUGCGAAAUGUGUAAAACGAGUAUCGGGGCUUCCGAGUUGACCCGCGUGUCGAUCAUCGAUGAACAGGGUAAUGAGUUUUACGAGACACUUGUUCGACCGAGCAACAAAAUCGUUGACUAUCUGACUCAGUUCUCCGGCAUCACGCCCGAAAUUAUGAAAAACGUUUCAAAAACGUUAGAAGAUGUACACAAGGACUUGAAAAACAAGCUGCCCCCGGAUGCUAUCCUGGUAGGCCAAUCGUUGAACUUUGAUUUUAACGCAAUGAAAAUAAUGCAUCCGUACGUGAUCGACACUAGUAUUCUGUUCAACAUGACGGGAACACCAGGAACCAAGUCAAAACUAAAGGUUUUAGCCAAAAAAUUCCUUCAGCGAGAUAUUCAGUGUUCCUCCAAAGGGCACAACUCGAUCGAAGAUUGUUCUGCCGCACUAGAGCUGGUCAAAUUGAAACUGACCAAAAAUAUUUAUUUCGGAGAUCAAUGUCUUCAGGAUCGAAGAAACUAUCACAAGAAAUUGAGCCGAGGGGGAAUUGCAACAAAAGAGGAAAUACAGCGGAUUGGUACCGAUGUUAAUGGUACGGACAUAACUGGUUCUCUGUUUGAACACACAAAGAAAAAGAACAAGAAAUCGACAAUCGUAACUAACGCGAAUAAUUUGGAUAGUUUUGAAAACUACUUCGGUGAUGCGAUCAAAGCGAAUUCAGAAGUCAAGAAGAUGUUGAGCUUCAACAAGCUUAAAAGCGAAGAGGCAGUGAUAGAUCAUACUGUGGAGAAGUGUUUGAACUAUGAUUUCAAUUUGGCCUGCAUUCAAUUGAAAAGGGAAAAUUUGAUUGAUGCUGAUAUGAAGCGAGCAAAAUUCGAAGAAAUUGAUGGUUGGAUUCGAAAAUUAUACGCAGCCAUCUCGGUGAACGGAAUGCUGGUAGUACUACUUGCCGGAGGAAAGGUAAAUCCAAGCAGUCGAAUGGCGGUCGCAAUGAUUCAAACAAAGAAAGGAUAGGAGGAAACUCUACAUAGAAAGGUUCUAGCAUGUGCUAAAACGAUUACUGCCUCUGUGCUUCUAAGUACCUUCGAUGCUUGGUAGUGACUACGUCAUUAUCAUACUGAUGUCAUUAUGGGCCCUAUUCUCACAGUCACGUCACCUAGUGACUAGAAGAAAAUUUCCUUCUAGUCACCAAGUGACGUGACUGAGAAUAGGGCCCUACAUGCUGUCCGCGAUAUCAAUUUUGGCGCAUGCUCUUACUUUGAAAUAAUUAUGGGUAGAAGUUUGCAUUGUCUUCGAAUAUUUCGUUAAAUGAAAUAAUAAAUGAAUUAUAUACGCGUUGACCACGUC